CAGCAUCUCAAGACGAAAGAUCCGCUUUGUGUAGAAAUAAGUGAUUUCCAGAGGACAGCCCCAAUGACAGAACUGUCUGCACAUUUACCCCAGUUUCAGCAUGGGCAGCUGACAGAAAACUUCCCUGAUAACCACCUCAGCAACACCCAAGAGUCCAUGGCCUCUGCUCUGUUUAAUGCUGAUCAGAAUGACAACAGCGAAAGACGUCGCCAUGAUAAUAGUGAGCGCAGAAGAAAUGACAAUCCUGAGUCUGAGACCAAUGGGCAGCCACAAAACAACAUUCAGCAAGUGGUGGAACAAGAUGAAGAAGAAGAUGAGGAGCUGACACUGAAAUAUGGGGCAAAACACGUGAUUAUGUUGUUUGUACCUGUCACACUUUGCAUGGUGGUCGUUGUUGCAACCAUCAAGUCUGUCAGCUUUUAUACACGCAAGGAUGGACAGCUCAUCUACACUCCUUUCACAGAAGAGACAGAGACAGUAGGACAGAGAGCCCUGAAUUCGAUUCUCAACGCGGCCAUCAUGAUCAGCGUUAUCAUUGUCAUGACCAUACUCCUGGUCGUGCUUUACAAAUACAGGUGCUACAAGGUGAUCCAUGGCUGGCUUAUCAUUUCUUCUCUUUUGCUGCUUUUCUUUUUCUCGUUCAUCUACCUGGGUGAGGUUUUUAAGACUUACAACGUUGCCAUGGACUACAUUACGGUGGCACUCAUUAUCUGGAACUUCGGUGUUGUGGGAAUGAUUUGUAUUCAUUGGAAGGGUCCGCUUCGGCUCCAGCAGGCAUAUCUCAUUAUGAUAAGCGCUCUCAUGGCCUUGGUGUUCAUUAAGUACCUUCCUGAAUGGACUGCGUGGCUUAUCCUGGCUGUCAUUUCAGUGUAUGAUUUGGUUGCUGUCCUGUGUCCUAAAGGUCCUCUUCGUAUGCUAGUUGAAACAGCUCAAGAGAGAAAUGAAACUCUCUUCCCAGCACUUAUUUACUCCUCAACAAUGAUAUGGCUAGUGAACAUGGCUGAGGAAGAUCCAGAAGCCCAACGGAAAGCUUCCAAAAACUCCACUUAUGAUAAACAAGCUCCGGCAAACCACACUCGGAGUGAAGAUGCUGAAGCAGAUGAUGGUGGCUUUAGUCAGGAAUGGCAGCAACAAAGGGACAAUAGAAUAGGACCCAUUGAAUCAACGCCUGAGUCACGUGCUGCUGUUCAGGCUCUACCCAGUAAUUCUCAAACAAGUGAAGACCCCGAAGAACGAGGAGUAAAGCUAGGUUUAGGAGACUUCAUUUUCUACAGUGUCCUUGUUGGCAAAGCCUCUGCAACAGCAAGCGGGGACUGGAAUACAACUUUAGCAUGUUUUGUAGCCAUACUAAUUGGUCUGUGCCUUACACUUCUGCUUCUUGCCAUCUUUAAGAAGGCCUUACCAGCUCUUCCAAUCUCCAUAACCUUUGGGCUAGUUUUUUACUUUGCUACAGAUAACUUGGUGCAACCCUUUAUGGACCAGCUGGCGUUCCAUCAGUUUUAUAUCUAGCACACUUGAUGCUUGUAUUCUAUGGAUAUUUGUAGCAAAUCUGGGAGGAGGAAAAAUGUUUUUCCCUCAGUUCUCAAGUGAGACUGAAGUUUAAUACUCAAGAUUCCAAGCCUGAAUUAUUACAACUUCCUCCGAUGGUGGGUUUGUUGUUUGUUGUAUUUUUUUCCUGAGAUAACUGUUGCACUGGGCACCAUAUGAAUUUUCCUGUGUGAAAGUGGCUUCUUCCUGAUGGCCGGUCUAAACCGGGUGCUAUUAUAUCAGAGGUAAUCUGAUACACAUGUCUCUGGUAAGGACUACCUGUGUGAAAAUUGCUAAUGCUUCCACCAGCAAUGUGAUCUCUUACCACAGGUUGAUUGUUUUCACAGCAUUAAGGGUACUCAGGACUUCCUUGGUGUUAACAGAGGAAGCUGACAAACCACAUGGAACUUGUCCCUGUAACAGCUUGAAGAGAGGGAACCCAAUUCAGACUUCUUCAGCAGUGAUUUUUUGACAGCGGAGUCCUGACUCUACUUUGUGUAACGAGAAAGGACUU